AUGGCUCUCCGCUAUCCCGAUCGUCCGGCCGAUUCUACCGCAAAAUCGCCGCCUCGCCGACGCAUCGAAUUUCGCCGCAAAACGCGGGGAAAAAUGUAUUUUCGUGAAAUGGACCCCACGACGACACCAGUGCCGCCAAAAAGGUCCGAGCGACCGCCACCGCCGAAAACCGGGCAAAUUUUGAAUCAGACGACUAGUGGCGGUUCACAGCCGGGCAACUCGACCCUGGAGGCGUUUGGCUGUGCUUUUGAUUUUGUGACGAACACUUGCAAGGAUUUGUUCGCAUUAAACUGGUGCGGGCAGUGCCACGAUUUCGGGAACCUGUUUGUGCACGACUGCAAAUGUGUGCGACCACUGUAUGAGAAUAUCCCCCGGCAGCAGCAGCAACAAGUUCAACAAUUCGAUUCCGAUGUACGCGCCGUUCUUCUCGCAGUCCGCCUCAAAACCGAUGAUGCCAAUGAUGCAGUUUUGGAAAUGAGAAUGAUAUGUUUCAUA